AUGCGUCAAUCCUCGCGCGCAGUUGCCGUUGCUCUGGCAGCAUCCGCGAAUGCGGCAACCCUCGCGGAUGUGUGUAGCGUCUCCAACGUGCAGGCGGCCAUCCCUUCGAACGGCACCCUGCUCGGCAUUGACCUGAUCCCCUCGUCCGUCACCGCCAGCGCCGUGUACAACGCAACUUCCGGCCAGGGCAGCACCACGACUUACACCUACUGCAACGUCACCAUCUCCUACACCCACACGGGCAAGGGCGAUGAGGUCAUCCUCAAGUACGCGUUCCCGAGCCCCUCUGAGUUCCAGAACCGCUUCUACGUUGCUGGUGGAGGAGGCUUCUCUCUCUCCAGCGACGCAACUGGCGGUCUGGGAUAUGGCGCUGCGAGCGGUGCCACGGACGCGGGUUACGACGCCUUCAACUACAGCUAUGAUGAGGUUGUCCUGUACGGAAACGGAUCCAUCAACUGGGAUGCCACUUAUAUGUUUGGCUACCAGGCUCUCGGAGAGAUGACCAAGGUUGGCAAGGCCCUUACCAAGGGCUUCUACAGCAUGGCCACCGACGACAAGCUCUACACCUACUACGAGGGAUGUUCCGACGGUGGACGAGAGGGUAUGAGCCAGGUCCAGCGCUGGGGUGAGGAGUAUGACGGUGUCAUCACAGGCGCCCCUGCUUUCCGCUUCGCCCAGCAGCAGGUCCUCCACGUAUUCUCCUCGGCCGUGGAACAGACACUGGACUACUACCCGCCCCCUUGCGAGCUUGCGAAGAUCGUCAACGCCACCAUUGCCGCUUGCGAUCCUCUCGAUGGCCGAACCGACGGCGUCGUCUCCCGAACUGACCUCUGCAAGCUCAACUUCGACCUGAGCUCCAUCAUCGGCGAGUCUUACUACUGCGAGGCUACGACCAGCUCUUCCCUCGGCUUCGGUUUCAACAAGCGCGCCCAGGGCAGCACCACCAGCACCACCCCCGAGCAGAACGGCACCGUCACCGCCGAAGGAGUCGCCGUCGCCAAGGCCAUCUACGGAGGUCUCCACAACACCAAGGGCGAGCGGGCAUACCUCUCGUGGCAGAUUGCUUCUGAGCUCGGAGAUGCCGGCACUACCUAUAAUAACGAGACUGAUUCGUGGGAGCUUAGCAUUCCGUCUACUGGCGGAGAGUACGUCACCAAGUUCGUUCAGCUGCUGGAUCUCGACAACCUGUCCGACCUCAACAACGUCACUUACGACACCCUGGUCGAGUGGAUGGACAUUGGUUUUGUCCGAUACCUAGACAGCCUUCAGACCACCUACCCCGAUCUCACCACCUUCCAGUCUUCCGGAGGCAAGCUUCUACACUACCACGGCGAAUCUGACUCCAGCAUUCCCGCCGCUUCUUCCGUCCGCUACUGGCAGUCCGUCCGCUCCAUCAUGUACGGCGACAAAUCAGAGCAGAAAAGUCUCAAGGCUCUUGAGGACUGGUACCAGCUCUACCUGAUCCCCGGCGCUGGCCACUGCGGCGCCAACGAUCUCCAGCCCGGCCCCUACCCUCUGUACAACAUGGAGAUUAUGAUUGACUGGGUCGAGAAUGGCGUGAAGCCCAGCCGUCUCAACACCACCGUUUCUUCUGGCGACAACGAGGGCGAGACCCAGAUGCUGUGCCAGUGGCCUACUCGUCCUCUCUGGCGAAGCAAGACCAAGUUUGACUGUGUCAACCACGAGAAGUCUAUUGAGAGCUGGACCUAUGACUUCCCUGCCUUCAAGCUGCCCGUCUAUUAG